AUGAAGCAGAGGUUCUCUUCGUUAGAUGUCAAGGCCAUCGCUCAUGAGCUGUCUACAAGCCUGGUAUCCCUCCGAGUUUCUAACAUCUACGACCUGUCCUCAAAGAUCCUUCUAUUCAAGUUCGCAAAACCUGAAGUGAAGAAGCAACUUCUCAUAGAUUCCGGCUUUCGAUGUCAUCUUACCGAGUUUGCGCGCACUACCGCUGCCGCCCCCUCUGUCUUCGUUCAGAAGCUACGUAAAGUUUUGAAAACUCGACGAGUUACCGCCGUUUCACAAAUAGGUACCGAUCGCAUCAUUGAGUUUCAGUUCAGCGAUGGCCAAUACAGACUGUACCUGGAGUUCUUCGCCAGCGGCAACGUAAUCUUGACGGACAAUGAGCUCAAGAUCCUAACACUACUCCGGAACGUUCCAGAGGGGGAAGGCCAGGAACCACAACGCCCAGGCCUGACAUAUUCGUUGGAAAAUAGACAAAACUAUCGCGGCGUCCCGGAUCUAACAAAGGAGCGUAUCAAAGAUGCGCUGCAGACCAUCAUUCAAAAGGCCGCAGCUUCAGCUACCGCGGGCAAGAAAAUCAAGAAGAAAUCAGGGGACCAGUUACGAAGAGGACUUGCGACAACCAUCACCGAGCUUCCUCCGAUCUUGGUUGAUCAUGCCAUGAAAGUUACUGCGUUCGAUUCGACCGUACAGCCAACUGCGGUGUUGGAAAAUGAAGGACUUCUUGACCAUUUGUUGCGAUCACUUGAGGAAGCUCGCAAACUGGUUCAGGAAGUAGGUAGCUCCGAUAACUGUAAGGGUUACAUACUCGCGAAAACGAGACCAGGCCCCCAGAGCAUGCCAUCAGAUGACACAGGCGGGGACGAGAAGCCAAAUAGAAACUUACUGUACGAGGACUUCCAUCCAUUCUUACCUUGCCAGUUUGAAGAAGAUCCGGAAUACACCGUCCUCACUUUCGACAACUUUAAUAAGAUGGUGGAUGAGUUCUUCUCUUCCAUAGAAGGACAGAAAUUAGAAUCACGCCUAACCGAAAGGGAGGCGGAUGCCAAACGAAAAUUGGAUGCCACCAAAGCUGAGCACGCCAAGCGCAUUGAGGGCCUUCAGGCAGUCCAACAACUUAAUAUACGUAAAGCAAGUGCGAUAGAAGCUAAUGUCGAAAGAGUUCAAGAGGCUAUGGAUGCCGUCAAUGGGUUGAUAAUGCAGGGGAUGGACUGGGAGGACAUUGGCAAGCUUGUCGAUCGGGAACGUCGGCGCCACAACCCGGUGGCUGCCAUCAUCGUAUCCCCUCUGAAGCUACACGAGAAUACCAUCACUGUACUCCUCGGAGAAGCUGAGGUGGAAGAGGAAGAGGAAAGUGAUGCUUCUGAUACCGACUCAGUAGACUCGGACGAUAGCGAUUACGGCGGCACAGAAGCAUCUGCGCAGAAGACGCGGGAAACUAGGCUAACCGUCGACAUUAAUCUCGGUCUCACACCUUAUGCCAAUGCAGGAGAAUACUAUGGUGAGAGGAAAGUGGCUGCCGUAAAGGAGCAAAAGACGAUGUUACAGUCAAAGACUGCAUUGAAAAAUGCGGAGCAGAAAAUUACUGCCGAGUUAAGAAAGGGGUUAAAACAAGAGAAGCCAGUUCUACAACCGAUUCGGAAACAAUUCUGGUUUGAAAAGUUUAUAUGGUUCAUCUCAUCAGACGGUUAUCUCGUCCUAGGCGGGAAGGAUGCUCAGCAAAACGAGAUGCUUUAUAGACGAUAUCUGAAGAAAGGAGACGUAUAUGUACACGCAGAUCUUCACGGCGCGCCGAGCGUACUCAUCAAGAAUAUCCCCAACACACCCGAAGCCCCUAUACCGCCCUCAACCUUAUCACAAGCUGGAUCUUUGGCGGUCUGUGCUUCAUCUGCCUGGGACUCAAAGGCUGGUAUGGGUGCAUGGUGGGUAAAUGCGGAUCAAGUAUCGAAAUCAGCACCAACUGGAGAAUAUCUAACCACUGGCAGCUUCAUGAUACGAGGGAAGAAGAACUUCUUGCCUCCUGCGCAAUUGUUACUAGGGCUUGCAUUGAUGUUUAGGAUAAGUGAGGAGAGUAAAGCAAAACACGUCAAGCAUCGUCUUUAUGAUCUGUCGGAAUCAAACCCAAACAAACAGGUUUCUGCAGGCACUUCUGACGAGGCGGCACCAAGUACUCAGGAAAGGGUCGAUGCAGAAGAUGACAACAGUGACUCGGGGAAUGAUGAUGAUGUAAGGAAUGAAGAGGACGCUGAACGGAAAUCAAACCCCCUUCAACCCAUAGAAAGGGAUGAUAACGAAAACGAAUCGCCAGAGAGAACCGAAGACCCUCCCGUGCAAGGGGUUGGUAGCAUGACAAUUUCCGAGGAAUUCCCUAUUGCUGGCUCCUCUAGUCCCGCUCUAGAAACAGAAAAUAAAAUUCAAGACGAACAAGAGGAUGAACAAGAAGAAGAUACCGAAAUAACAACUCAAGCUGACCUAACACCUUCGAGGACAACUGCAGAGAGCCCAGCACCCAAAUCAUCGGGAAAGUCAACACCCCAACCCCUUAAGAAGGGGCAGCAACCCAAACGCGGUCAACGUAACAAAGCUAAGAAAAUAGCUGCCAAGUACAAAGACCAAGAUGAGGAGGACCGUGCCGCGAUCGAAGCUCUCAUAGGUGCUAAAGCUGGCAGGGAAAGGGCAGAAGCCGAGGCAAAGGCUAAGGCGGAACGCGAGGCACAGCGCGUAGCGGCUCUUGAACGUCGCCGAGCGCAACACCAACGGCAGCAACGCGAGACCGCCGAGCAUGAAGAGGUUCGCAAGAUGAUGCUCGACGAGGGAAUUGACAUGUUAGAUGCCGACGAGGCAGCCAGUCUGACGCCCCUUGACUCGCUCGUCGGCACACCACUCGCAGGCGACGAGAUCCUCGAGGUAGUUGUGGUGUGCGCCCCUUACAGCGCCCUGAGCCGCUGCAAGUACAAGGUCAAGAUGCAGCCGGGCGCGCAGAAAAAGGGCAAGGCCGUGAAGGAGGUUCUGGACGCGUGGAAGACGGCUUCCACAAAGAAGGGCGUCGUCGACGAGAAGAGCGAGGACAAGGAGAAGAUGUGGCCCCGCGAGGUGGAGCUCCUCAAGGCACUGAAGCCUGAGGAGGUCAUCAAUGUUGUUCCUGUCGGGAAGCUGAGGGUUAUGCUUAGUGGAGGGGGGGGAGACGCGAAGGGGAAGGGAGGGGGUAAGGGAAGUGGUGGUGCUUCGAGUCGUGGGAAGAAGAGAUAGGAGGCUCUGUAUGCUGUUUUGACUUCCAGAUACUUAGUAGGGGGUACUAGAGGCAUACAUUAUACCCCUAGGUAGAUUUAAAUUACUACGAGUCCCGGCGCGCUAUUGGAUGAUCGUGUCUCGAUUCGGGAAAAUUAUUUAUUGUAUAAACUCAAUACCAUAGCGGGGGACCCCCUAUCCGCGAGAAUUAUUAUAAGCUUUAUCCAGCGAAUCUACCCAUCCCAAUGAUAG